AUGACCGAGGUGAAGGCCAAGGAGCCCACAGCGCCUCCGCCUUCCAGAGACGGGGCGGUCCUGCUGCAAGGACAGCCCGGCCGAGACCCCUUCCGCGGGGAAGCGGAGCCCAUUGACAUCUCCCUGGACGGGCUGCUCUACCCCAAGAGCAGCGACGAGGAGGAGGAGGAGGACGAGGACGAGGAGGAGGAGGGGGAGGAGGAGGAAGAGCCGCGGCAGCAGCAGCUGGGGCAGGAGGAGGGCCGGGUCUCUCUCUCCUACCGGCCGGGGAGCGGCUCGCUCUCGGACAAGGACGCUCUGGACACCGUCCUGGACACCUUUCUGGCUCCCACGGCUCAUGCCAGCUCCGUGGUGGCCGCGGCGCCCUGGUCGUUCUUCGAGGUGGAGGCAGCGGAGGCGCCCGACGGCCCGAUGAGCCGCGGCCCCUCGCAGAAGGCGAGCGAAGCGGCCCCAGAGGCUCCCGGUCCGUCGCAGCCCCCGCCGCGGCCCGCCCCGCUCUGGCCGCCCGGCGAUGCCCUGGCCGCCGCCAAGCCGCGGCCGGGAGGCGGCGCGGAGGGUCCCGCCGCUGCCCCCAAGGACGAUGCCCCAGGGCUUGGGGCGUUGCCCGGCGGGUCCCGGGAAGGGGACCCGGGGCAGGAAUACCUGCACGUGCCGCUCCUGCCCCUAAACUCGGCCUUCCUGGCCUCCCGCACACGGCAGCUGCUGGACGGGGCGGAGUACGAGGGCGGCGCGGUGCCGCGAUGCUCGCCUCCCGCCCCGGACCUGCCGGGGUACGGCUUCCCCACGACGGAUGCCAAGGAAGGGUCCUUCGCCUACGGUGACUUCCAGCCCGUCCUGAAGAUCAAAGAGGAGGGUCUCGGCCUCUCCACCCGGUACCCGGGCGGCAGGGCCACCCCCGCGGCGGGCUGCUCCGACUACCCCCCGGCUCCGCGGGCCGGGCAGGAGCCGUCGCUGGAGUGCGUCCUCUACAAGGCGGACCCCACCCUCCUGGCCGGCGCCUACGGGCCGGCGGCGGCGCCCGACAGCCUCCCUUCCACCUCGGCCGCGCCGCCGGGGCUCUACCCGGCCCUGGGGCUCAACGGGCACCAGCCGCUGGGCUUCCCGGCCGCCGUGCUGAAGGAGGGCUUGCCCCAGCUGUGCCCGCCCUACCUCGGCUACGCGCGGCCAGAUGCAGAAACCAGCCAAAGUUCUCAGUACAGUUUUGAAUCACUACCCCAGAAGAUUUGUCUCAUCUGCGGUGAUGAGGCUUCUGGUUGCCACUAUGGAGUACUUACCUGUGGAAGUUGUAAAGUCUUCUUUAAAAGGGCAAUGGAAGGACAGCACAACUAUUUAUGUGCUGGAAGAAAUGACUGCAUAGUCGAUAAAAUCCGUAGGAAGAACUGUCCAGCAUGUCGCUUGAGGAAGUGCUGUCAAGCUGGUAUGGUUCUGGGAGGUCGAAAAUUGAAAAAGUUUAACAAAAUUAAGGUUGUGAGAGCAUUAGAUGUUGCACUCCAGCAGCCAGCAACCCUUCAAGACGAAAACCAGUCUUUAACCCAAAGGCUGUCCUUCUCUCCAAAUCAAGAAAUACAGUUUGUUCCCCCAAUGAUAAGUGUUUUACGAGGCAUUGAGCCAGAAGUUGUCUAUGCUGGUUAUGACAAUACAAAACCUGAAACACCAAGUUCGUUGCUGACCAGUCUAAAUCACCUUUGUGAGAGGCAACUCCUUUGUGUAGUCAAGUGGUCUAAAUUGCUACCAGGAUUUCGGAAUUUACAUAUCGAUGAUCAGAUAACCCUCAUCCAGUAUUCCUGGAUGAGUCUAAUGGUUUUUGCAAUGGGAUGGAGAUCAUACAAACACGUCAGUGGUCAGAUGUUAUAUUUUGCACCAGAUCUGAUUCUAAAUGAACAGAGGAUGAAAGAAUCAUCGUUCUAUUCCCUGUGUCUAUCCAUGUGGCAACUCCCACAGGAAUUUGUCAGACUUCAAGUUAGCCAAGAAGAGUUCCUUUGUAUGAAGGCUUUGUUACUUCUCAACACAAUUCCUCUGGAAGGUCUAAGAAGUCAGAGCCAAUUUGAUGAGAUGAGAACAAGUUACAUUAGAGAACUGGUGAAGGCAAUUGGUUUGCGCCAGAAAGGUGUUGUGGCCAACUCACAGCGUUUCUAUCAACUUACAAAACUGAUGGAUUCCAUGCAUGAUCUAGUGAAACAGCUCCAUCUCUUCUGUUUGAACACAUUUCUCCAGUCCCGUGCACUGAGUGUUGAAUUCCCCGAGAUGAUGUCAGAGGUGAUUGCUGCCCAGCUACCCAAGAUUCUAGCAGGGAUGGUGAAACCUCUUCUUUUUCACAAGAAGUGAAAUGUCUUCUCUCAUAGAGGUGAUAUCUGGGUCAUUUUUUGUUUGUUUAUUUUGGUCAAGAUUUUGCAACGUCAGGACUUCAGUAUAUUUGUCAUACUUAUCUUGCCUACUGCUUUACACUUGUAACAUACACAAGCCAUUUAAGCUUGUUGUACAUAUUGUGACUUUCUGAUUCCUUAACUGCAAAAAUCACAACAGUCAUAAGAAAUGUUUGGUAAACUUGGCUAGGCUGCUUUUUAGAUACGCAGUGGAUGACAGUGAAUAGACUUUCCAGAUUUCUAACAACAGUUACACGUUUUUCUUACUUGUUGCACGCUCUUGAAUUUCUGAUAUGACAUGAUGCAGACUUUUUACUUCAGUACAUUGUGUGCAUGGGUACCUGUGGGUAUGUGCAUAACACAAAAUUUUUGAGGAAUUAAAGUAAAUAUUGCCCACAUUUUCUCAUGGAUAUUUAACUUUUUAUUAACUAAUUAGCCUCACAGAAACAGCCUUUCAAAGUUAGCCAUCCGGGAUUAAGCACACAUCACAGCAGUACCUUUAUGAGUAACUAAAGCUCUAGGCACACACUGUAACACUACAUAUUGAUGUCUGUGCUCAUGCUGCAUUGAAACUCUGAGUCCAGUAUAUUGUUUUCUCUACAGAGUUCCGUGCAGCUCUCCUUCAAAAAUCAGAAAGCUUAGGAGAAUUUCAGUGUAUAUUACACCAGAAGUAAUGUGUAUGCAAACCCACUAAGCUUUGGUUUGUGUUAUUUUCCUUAUAAGUUCAGUGCUUAUUUAAGCUAAAUCACUUAGCUGUAAUCAUAAAUUCAUCAGCUGUAACAUUCUGUAUUUCAGAAGCUUUAAAUCGAGAUGUUUUCACUGACUACAGCUCUUAAUAAUCUUAAUGUUUUGAACUUCAGUGCUGAAUACUUAAACAGCCAUUAACAUCAAAUUAGAAUGAGACUAAAUGCAAAAAGAAAUGGAAAAGAUGACUGCAAACAUUUUGAUACACAUCAGAGUCAUUUCAGUACUAUUUAGUGGAGCUACAUAUUUUAUAUUUUAAAUGUAUGCCAUUAUAAUUCGGGUAACUGUAAAAGAGGAGUUGAACUAAAUUAGCUUUAUAAAUUCAAGAAGAAUGACAUGUUUUACCACAGAAAUUAAUAUUUUACUGAAAAAUUACAAUGUGGUUUUGUUUGUUCCCUUGAUAUGGAUAUGAAGCAACUCAUGCAUUUAAGGCAUGUAAAUUGUAAAUUGUAGCUCUGUUUGAACAACAGAGAAACAUGUAAAGCCUAAGAAGAAUUUAUGAAUCUAUUAAAGUACAAAAAAUUUUGCCAAUCACUAGAAAUUAUACUUACAUGUAGGAAAUGGUGAGUCUUGCUUGGAUACUUGCUGGUUGUAUGCUUUUGCUUUUACCCAUUACAGUAGUGUGAGAGUGUACUGUUGGUGGUGUGUAGCUUGGUCUGUACAGACAUGCCUUUGUCACAUGAACAAAGGCCCAUGGGACAUAAAUUCAGUAUCCCUGGUUAAACCAGGGUGCCCCUCAUUAGAAGUAUGUGAUGUAACUUGUUCAUAAAAAUUACAUUUUGAUUCUUGACAAAAAUGCUGACAAUUGACAACUAAAGGUAUAUCUAAAGGUAUCCUCACUGGUCAUAAUUUCCAAAAGCCAACAAAGAAGAAGCUACAUUACAACUGGGGAUAAAACAUUAUUUAUAUUCCCCACAUAGUAGUACAAAACCCACUAGAGUUGAUGCAAAGAUAUGACCCUUGAUAAGUGACAUAGGCAGACUUUUGUGUUAGUUGACUAGGUUUGUCAUUUCUAACUGCCCAGACAAGCAAUUUCUUUCAUAUUCAGUACAGUCUGACUUUUAACUGUGAUCCUUAAAGCAAUUAUGUUUUAAUAAAUACCACAAAAUCCUUUGUUUCUAAAUACUGAAGUUUUAUUUUAUUUAUUUUAAUUUAUGUUUGCAUUCAGUGAUUGUGGAUCUCUGUAAAAAAACCCAUUUCAACCAUUCCAAUUUUGUGUAACAACAUUUCCAUGCAUUCUUUUGGAAUUCAAGCCUUGGUACAUGAUUUACCAUUGAAUAAAUAGACUGUCUAUGUUACUGUUUAGAUUAAACUGUUAACAGAAACUUCCCCCACUAAAAAUUACUCUUCAACACCCAAAUUCUGAAAUCAGAAGGUAGAGCAGGCAGUUAUGUUUCCCUUAGGAAUGCACAGAUCAGCCUACGCCUGCCUUUUAAUCUCUAAGUGGCUGACAUGUCACCAUGUCCCAUAAAUAUGGCAGAUUAGUCUGAAAUGCACUAUAUUUAUCUCAAAGGCAUAGUCAAAAAGGAAGAAAAAGUAUCUUUUGGGAAUAGAUAACAAAGAUUAAAAGCAUUUUCAAAUAAUAAUUCCUAAAGAUUAAGAAAUCUGAAGAUUUCUUCUAACUCAUGGACAAGAAUCCCAGAAUUUCAUGGUCACAUUAAAUGCACUAUACAAGAUAGAAUGAGUUCGGCUAAUUGUGGCUGCAAUAUUAAUUUGAAAGGUCUGUGUUCAUUAUGUGAUUAUCUGAAGUUCGAAGAAAACUUUUAAUUUGAGAACUUCCCAGCUUUGACCCCAGUUUAUUAAAUUGCCUUUAGUCUCCAUUUUGAUAUUGUCAUUUGCUCGGGGUUACACAGUGAACAGUGAAAAAGGACUUAGGUCUGCUGGUCAACAUGAACAUGAACCUGAGCCAGCAGAGUGCCCAGGUGGCCAAGAAGGCCAAUGGCAUCCUGCCCUCUAUCAGCAAUAGUGUGACCAGCAGGACCAGGGCAGUGAUUGUCCCCCUGUAUGUGACACAGGUGAGGCCACACCUCAAAUCCUGGGUUCAGUUUUGGGCCCCUCACUACAAGAAAGACAUUGAGGUGCUGGAAUGUGUCCAGGGAAGGGCAAUGGAGCUGGGAAGGGGCUGGAGCACAAGUCUUACAAGUAGCAGCUGAGGGGAGAAAAGGAGGCUGACGGGAGACUUCAUUGCUCUCUACAAUACCUGGAAGGAAGUUAUAGCAAGAUGGGGGUCAGCCUCUUCUCCCAGGCAGCUAGUGACAGGAUGAGAGGAAAUGUCAGCAGGCUGCACCAGGGGGGAUUCGAGUUGGACAUCAGAGAGAAUUUCUUCACUGAAAGGGUGAUUAAGCAUUGGAAUGGGCCGCCCAGGGGAGUGGUGGAGUCACAGUCCCUGGAAGUGUUACAAGAAAAGACUGAAUGUGGCACUUAGUGCUGUGGUUUAGUUGACAAGGUGGAGAGCAGUCAAAGUUUGAACUCAAUGAACUUGGAGGUCUUUUCCAACCUUAAUGACUCUGAUUCUAUAAUUCUAUGAACACUGAUAGAAACACCAGAUUGCUUCCUUCCCUAUAGAAAUCUUGUGUACUGUGACUUUUCAACACUGCAACAACAUUCAGAGAGCAAUUAUCUGAUUGUUUUACUGAAUAUGAGGCUUUAUAGUUGUCUGUGUUUCUCUACAUUAAUAUUUGUUUAAAGAUCGAAGCAUUUUGACCUGAGCUUUAUAAAUAGGCCUAAAUAAAACAUCUUGUAGUGCUUCUCCAUAUAUUGAACAAGGCAAAACUACUGGAUCUUCUUAUGCUGCAUUUUGCACAUAGAAAUAAGAGGUUUCCACAGGUGGAAUUUUUUUUGUUUUCUGACAGUUAUGAUGUGCCUAAUUAUAUUUUAUAGGUAUGAGACCUGUAGUACUAAUUAGGAUGCUUGCCAGCCAUCUUCUACAGGUUUUUGCCCAAGCUAUCACUAAAAGUUCUCCAUACACUAAAUAAUGCAAGCAAUGCCUGAAACUAAACUUCUCCUGUUCUGUACAGUUGAGGUAUUUUUCACCCAAGCCCUUCAGCAUUGCCUUCUGCUGGUACUUCAGUGAAGCAAACAAACCGACCCAUGAAGUCAUCUGUUUUCUUUGAGCUCUGCUGUUAGGAUUCAGCUCUGUAGAGGCAUGGCAUUUAUAGUUUUAAGUACAGUUUUGGAGAUUGAAGUGCCUCACCAUGUCAGCCCGCCUGUGUUUGGAGAGCUGUGACAAUACAGUGCAAAGAUGAGACCUCCAGCCCCAGCAAGCUGCCCUCUUUGUCUACAAGCUGCUUCGCAGUUGUGCUUGCUGUGGUACAAGAAACACAAAAGAUCAAACACUUGGCUCAUGUUUUCAAUUUUGACCAGCCUUUAGGGGACAGGAGAUGUGGGUUCCCUCUGUCCAUGGCAGAGGGAAAUGUCAUCUGAGAAACUUUCAGUCAAUUUCAUGGUGCUUUGGAAUGGCCUGGUUAUAUGUAUGCAUGAUAAAACAGAAGCUUAGGUAUUUUUGAACUGCAGCUGUUUCUUCAGCUGCACUGCAGUUAUGAUUUCUUGUGCUCUAUCUACAAGAAAGAAAGUGAGACUUUGUAUUUUCUGACCAGUCAAUGCCUUAUUAGUAUCUUAGUUGGUGUCUUUUCCUUCUUUUCAAGGACAGUAAUGGGUCUCUUUCAAUUAUAUUUUUUUGGAAGGUAAGCUGCUUUCUUGUGUUCUUGUCUACACCCAAAUAUUUAUCUCAGUUACCAGUGAUGUAUCAGUAGCAUGAAAAGUAGGGAUCCUGCAGGGAUCCUUCCUUCCCAUACUGUCCUACCUGCACAAACUUAAGGUUACUUUAUCUGCAGAGCAGGAGGGGAUGGGGUUGCACUCUACCCAUGCAGCACUGCAGCUCCAAGCUCACAUUUUUUGCCUUACAUGCUGUUUGUGGCACGCUGACCUUUCUUUCCUUCCAAGAAGUCAGCCCACAGCCACAGAGCUAAUGUCCAAAGCCCUCCCAACUUUCCAUGGCUCAGAAGCCUGUGUGCAUACUGCCAGGCUGGACUGUCAGCAUUGCUGGAUUUAUUGGCUUGUACUGCUUUGUGUCAUGGUGACCUGACUUGAACAGAGGGUUUGUUUUUAGUUUAGUUCUCUUUUUCCCCUUGGAAAAUGAAAAGGGAAAAAGGAAUAUUUGAGGUUUUUUUUUUUUUUUUUUUGGUUUAAAAUUUAUGUGUUUUUUUUCUCAAUGAAUGUUAUUAAUUUAUUGGAUUGACGUUAUUUGCAUGCAGAAUGGUACUGUAACUUCUCGGAUGCUUGGGCAGAAACAUGCAGUAAAAGGUGCCUGCAUGGAUAUUAAUAACUAAGUUAAAAUUUAUCUGUCUGUUUACCUUAAAGAGAAAAUAAAUAAUCCUCAGAAAACAGUCCUUCACUGCUGUUGGAACUAAUUCAGCAGCUGCAUAACUUUAAGUACGUGAGCAGUGCUGCACCCUUGAUGUAUUUUUUCAUUUGUAUUUAGGAAUUUUUUUCCUGGGUUGAGCCCACCAUGCUCUGUAUGAGGUAUUUAAAGCAAAUAAAGGAUAUGGUGAGCUUACAUUUAAUUCUAGACUAUCCUUUAAAACUGGCAACAUUUCCAUUUCUUGCCAGUGUGGGGUAGGCUUAUUAUAAAAAUACCAUCAUGAGUCUUUUAGCCAUAGAUCAUGUUUUUCUGACCAUGAAAAGCAAGUUACCUUUUCACCUCCACAGAUACAAUAGUUCCACCAAUUUAGCAUUCAGACAUACCAGUGAGGAAGUUCUCACAGUGUCAUUUAAACAGUCUCACUCUAUUGCAUUUUCCCACACUCAAUUUAAAUACCCACCCAGCCAGUUCAUUACUAAAAUCUCUUUUUGCUGUGUUGAGGAAAAAAGAAAUACAUCAUUGUCAGGAAUUCAGAAUACCGCAUCAGUGAGCUUCACAGCUGUGUACUUUCAAACAGGAGGCUAGAUUGGAUGAAAAACAGCUAGUGAGCACAAUAAACAUCUUUGACAUCAAGUCAGAAAUAACUGGGCAGACUAGUACAGAUACCUUUGUGUUUUACAGGUGAGAUUUAUGUGAAUAUCACCAUAAGUUGCACAUUCCAUCUUGGAUGUACAAUUUUCACAUAUGCCUAUUUUUCAUAUACUGGAUACUAAUAGAGCAAUGCUUUUACACUUCAUACUCUGAAUUGUUGGUUUAUGUCUAGCCUGAGACUCUAACUUGUGAUGUCUCCAGUUGAGAAUAAUGUUCUCAUCAUGACACUGCUCAAAGAAACUGAUAUUUUCUGGCAGGACUGUUUUGAGCAUGAAUAUGGAAGCACACUAAUAUAUGCAUGGAAGUAUGCAUCCAGAAAGGUGUGUAAGUGGCCUUAGAAUACUUGAAAAAGUAGCACCGAGUGACCUGCAAUCACUAUGCAGUUUUAAAAGUAAAUUUUGUGUCAAAGGAAUAUACAGUUACAUUAUAUAGUGCCCGAAUAAGGCUGAUUUUAUACUAAAAUUAAAAGGAUCUCUAAUUCAUUUCCAGAAGUAAGGAAGCUCGAAGGAGCUUUCGUGUAUUUUAUAAAUUCCCUCAAAUGGACACAUCUAUUCAAAAGGCAUUUAAUUGCAGCUAUUGCCAACUUACCUCAAAGGAAAGGCAAAACCAACUCUAUGAAUAACAGAGUUUCACACGCUAUUUUUUCUGUCAGUAUGUGUCUUUUGUAGAAAUGCAUUUAUAAAAAUAUCGUAAUUCACUUUAUGCAUCAUCACAAUACAAAAGCAGUUUGAGUGGAAUGAGUUUUCACGUGCACCUCAGAGACAGUAAGGGUCACAACUUCGGUGUUCAAGGAAGGAAUUGAAACGUUGGGCUGGCAGGUGGCAAACUGUUACAUGUAGGAACCUUCCUCUUGUUAGAAAUAUUUGGAGUUGUUGUGUCUGAAAUGGGGACAAAGAUGCCUGUAGUGCAAUUAAUAUGUUAGUAAUAUGUAAAACAUGGAUUUCGCUGCUCCACAUAAGCAUAUUCUAUUACAGACAAAAUAGAAGACACUUGACAAACAUUAAACACUCUUAAAUAGAAAAAAAACGUGACAUAAUACCAUCAGGACAGAUCCUCAAGCCUGACUGUGAGGCAUAAACACACAAUGGAUGAGAAUAUUGUCUUUUGGGACCUUCAUCACUGCACAUCAAGCGUUGGUCACCUGACAACGACAAGACUUACUUAAAAAUUUAGAAGUUUUGUAAUCCAAAGCAGAGCUUACACUAUAGUCACGCUGUGAGUUGGGCAGUUCACUUCUUAACAAAUAUUUUACAGAAUCGCACACCCAGUUGCUGUUAGAUGUAGUUCAUAGUGAUGGCUACAGCCAGCUUAGAUUUUACUGGGAGACAGAAACUGCUCCCCUUUCUCAAGCUUCAAAAUACAGGUCAUGUGUCUGUUUGGCUGCCCACAACCAAAAGGUUGCACAAAUGAUUAAAACACAACAUUAAAAAAAAAAAAAAAUCCAAACAUCUGAAAUUCUGAAAAAAUUACUUCAUGAAGAUUUUCAUUUAAAGUAUCCUUAAAGUUUUCCUUGAAGACAACUAUUAAUUUUAAGAAAAACUACAUGAUAGAGAAAAGUACAACCAAAGGCUGGUCACUCUAGCAGUGCAUGACAUGGUAAAGUUUCUGAAUUUCACACAACCUCUAAAUCCCAGUUCUGAUAUUUAUAAAACAUUUAUUCUCCACUCCUUCCUAUGCCUUCAACACACUUUCUUCCCCAAUGGGUUACUUGGAUGUGUAAUGCAUUAACACUUUGCAGAGACUUUGUAAUCCUCAAUGAAAAAAAUCUGUAGAAAGCCAAAUAAUCCUUAAGUUUGAGACAUGUUUGGACUGAUGCUCAUAUUUCUCUGUAUUUAACAUUCAGGAUCAUGAUGGAUAUAAUUUACAAUUUGUUGCCAUUGUUUUUAUUUUUUGAAAAAAAAAAGGAACUUGUGUAAGAUUUCUGUAUUUUCCUCUUGUGAAGAGAAGCUUUCAUCUAUAUAUUUGUACAUCUGAAAUAAUAGCUUUCAAGUAUUUUUGUAAAAGUGUUGUCUAGCUA